ACUAUCAUUUACACCACGUUAGCAAAGAAGUUUUGGACCUCUACUAUUCUGUUUUGCGAUACUUGUUGACGGCUUGGACCUUCAAGCAUGUCAUUCACAUGCCAGCACGCCGGGUGUGGCCGCGUCUAUUUGCGAGCGGAACAUCUGAAUCGCCAUGCCAAGUCCCACGAUAGGCCGACGGUGUUCACAUGUGAACAAUGUGGCUCAAAGAUGACACGUCGGGACACUUUCCGUCGUCACAUGGCCCUUCACGGCCUCACAGUAUCGUCGAAUCGUGCGCCCCAAGCGUGUUUGCCAUGUCGCCAAGCAAAGGUGAAAUGUGAUGGUCAGAAACCGGUCUGUUCAACAUGCUCAGCACGGUCAUUACGUUGCGGUUGGUCGAGUCUUUUGAACCGAACAGCUAGCAAUAACGCUCCGACCACGACGCCACAGGCUUGGAAAACUACCGACAGGGAUUCAUCAAUGAGAAUCGUGGAAGACUUGGAAUGCUCUGAUAACGAUGAGUGUGACGGACACGAAGGUCAACAGAGUAUGGCAUUAAGUGCUCCCAAGCCGGAAUGCCCUGGUAAAAGAUUGAUGUACGACAAACUACUCGCUAUCUAUUUCGACAAGUUCCACCACCACUGGCCGAUCGUCCACCGGGAACUUACUUUAUCGCGAAGCGUACCGCAGGUUCUAUUGAGAACGGUGGUUACGGUAGGAUUGCAUUUGUCAGAUAAUUUGGAAGCCCAGGCCUUAGCAGACUCUACUUUGGAAAGAUUUCUUGAACAGUCCGGAAUCAAACUCGUGAGUACAAAUUCAUUAGUGAAGCAUGCUACGAAAUUGAGAAGUCUGCUAGGCUCUCUGAACUCGAUCAUUCAUCCUUCCAAUUUAUGCUUCAUUCCUUUGUAGAAGCAACUGACAGCUCUACAGGCGUCUAUGGAGUCCCAGGCCACUAUGAAGCCACUUACGUUGCUGCCGGCCCAGAUGUUCGAGUUACAAGCUAUUCUACUUCAGGUCAUCAUGGUUCCGUACCUGACAGGUCGUAUCAUUCCUACUGGUAUCAUGGUAGAAGCAUCCCUAGCAAGAGUUUUGAAGCUUGCUGGCAUAUAUGACCAAGACAUAAUCGAUGUCGAGGCUCUUACUCACGAAUCAAUCAAUCCACUAGUUCUACGAGAAUCAUAUCAACGCUUGAUCCUGUUUCAUUUCAAGUUCCAUGCGCAGUUCCAGCGCUUUUGUCAGACAAAAUAUUCAUGGCGUACGGUGUCCCUUGUCGUGGACCCCUUGCUACUUGCCAUCAAGAUCCCCAUGCUUCUCGAUUCUUGGGAUAACCUAGCUGAGAAAGCACAAGAGGUUGAAUCGAGAGAUGAACAAGUCGAGGCAGUUGACCAUGGCCACAUGACAAAUGCCAGGUGUGAGCAACGCAUAAGCGACAUGUGUCAAUUUGCGCUCAUAGCCGAAGACCCUCUUUUUCUUCAGCCCAUUAAUAUCUUACAACCAGGCCUAGGUACCCUUAUAUGGCUUUGGAUAACUAGGGAGAAAGAUAAUACUGAGAAAUUUUACAAGUAUCUAGGAAGAAUGAGCGGUGAAAUUUUCUAGUACAUACCAAGGUCCUAGAAAUAAGAAGAAAUAAAUU